CUCUCUCUUGUCUGAUAUCUCUCUCUUCCUUGCUUCACGGGUGAAGCAAAUAAAUUUCACGAGUCGGGUUGAGGCAUACAAAAGGGCUUGGUUUUCCAGUGUACCAGAAGCCACAUAAUAUUCCUGGGUGCGAUUGGAGCGCAGAGUCAAGCAAUUGCAAGCCGUAAAACUGAAGACAUAUCACCGCUGGACACUGACACACAGCAGUUUCUUUAAAGAUACCCAGAUUUGGGAAUAUACCAGAUUUAUAUAAGAACCUUCAAUUGGAAGGACGGGAAAGGGAAAGGAAGAAAAAUGGGACAUACUGUGUUAUCUCUUUUAAUUACAAUACUGUCCCACUCCGUUUGGAAAAACGCCGAGGCUCUAUCCAUGGCUGAGGUGAAUGAACCAGGCCCCCAAGCAGCUGAACCGCAGAUCGCAAUGUUCUGUGGGCGCCAGAUUCUGCACAUGAACCUGGAAAGUAGCCAAUGGGAGCCUGACCCCCAGGGCAGGCAGGGUUGCUUCACGGAGCCCAGCCAGAUCCUGUCAUACUGCCAGGAGAUGUAUCCAGCUUUGCAGAUUUCACGUGUGGAAGAGUCUUUAAACCCUGUGACUAUUCCUGCCUGGUGUAAGAAAGGCUGGGGACACUGUCAAACUCAUCCCUUCAUUGUCAUGCCAUACCGAUGUCUAGUGAGAGAGUUUGUGAGUGAGGCUCUGCUGGUAUCCGACCGCUGUCGAUUCCUACGCCAGGAACAGAUGGAAACCUGCGAAAGCUCCGUGUACUGGCACAACAUCGCCAAGGAGGCUUGCACAGCAGACAGGCUGGAGCUGCACAGCUAUGGCAUGCUCAUGCCUUGUGGUGACCACUUCCGUGGGGUGGAGUAUGUCUGCUGUCCAGGGAGGACCAGCUCCAGCGGGAUUGGCGAGGCCGCUGGGGACACCCUACAGCUUGGCUACCAAACUCAGGCACCGCUAGCUACCAACUGGAUCAGCAGCAGGGCCAAACUGAGUCCUCCCAGCCCUAGCCCUUCCACUGAGGCUGAAGUGUACGAUGAGGACAUCAAUAAAGAGGAUGGGCGGGUGGAGGAGCAGGAGGAAGAGGAAGAAGGAGUGAAAGAUGGAGAGGAAUAUGAGUACUCCAUUGACUCUGGUACCUUCCAGGCCUCAGACUACAUGGACUCCUUCUACUAUGAAAAGAGUGGCCAGGCCAGCCGAGGCUCUGCCACAACUGCCCCCCUAACGAGAGGAGACAGCUUUCCGACACCACGGCCGACCGACGGGGUAGAUGUGUAUUUCGAGAUGCCAAGUGAUGACAGUGAGCAUGCCAACUUUGUGCGUGCCAAACUCGAUCUGGAAGAAAGGCGAAUGAAAAGCAUCAAUGAGAUCAUGAAGGAGUGGGCUGAGGCUGACAACCAGUCCAGGAACCUGCCUAAGUCUGACCGCCAGGCCCUCAAUGAGCAUUUCCAGAGUGUCCUUCAGACCCUUGAGGAACAGGUGGCUGGAGAGAGACAGAGGUUGGUGGAGACACACCUGGCCAGGGUGGUGGCCACUCUAAACAACAACCGCCGGCUGGCCCUUGAGAGUUACCUGACCGCCGUGCAGAGCAUCCCUCCCCAGCGAGACCGUGUGCUCCAGGCCCUAAAGCGCUACAUGGCUGCAGAACAGAAGGAUCGCAGACACACCCUGAGACACUACAGGCACAUCGAGGCAGUGGACCCCCAGAAGGCCGAGCAGAUGAAGUUCCAGGUCUAUACUCACCUUCAUGUGAUUGAGGAACGGAUGAACCAGAGCCUGGCCUUGCUUUAUAAGGUCCCUAUGCUAGGAGAGGAGCUGCACGAUGAGAUCCAAGAGCUAGUGAAAUCAGAGAAGGGAGACAUUAGUGAACUGAUGACUACCUCUUUCUCCGAGACUCAUACCACAGAGGAGCUGCUGCCAGCUGAGAGCGAGGAAGAGAAGGAUGAUGAGGAGGAAGAGGAGAAGGCCUUUCAGAACCGGCCAUAUCCACCCAACAUUGAUUCCCAGCCCAUCAAUAAGAAAGUCUCUGGAAUGGACGAGUAUGACUACACCACAGCUGAGAAAAUCCCAAAUUACGAGUAUGAAGAAAAGGUAAACUCUUCUGUUGAACUCAAGCAAGUAGUAUACAAGUCACCUGGUAUCCAGAGAGAUGAGCUGCAACCAGAUGCCCUGGAGACAUUUAACCGUGGUGCUAUGGUGGGGCUACUUGUGGUUGCUGUGGCAAUCGCCAUGGUUAUGGUGAUCAGUCUUCUGCUGGUGCGCAGGAAGCCUUAUGGUACCAUCAGCCAUGGUAUAGUCGAGCAGGUAGACCCAAUGCUGUCCCCAGAAGAAAGGCAGCUCAGCAAGAUGCAGAACCACGGCUAUGAAAAUCCCACCUACAAAUUCUUUGAGCAAAUGAACUGAAAGGGACGGAUGGGGCCACACGGUUACUC